AUGGUUUACGCAAGUUUCAAAAACGCGAUUUUCCUGUUCAUUAUUUUCAAACUCGCCUUUCUCUCAGUCGCACAGAGCUUGACCCCGAUUCCUCUACCAGAGGCUGUAGUAACCACUUUAGAUUUCUCAAGUGACUUCACAGAUAGUCAGAUUGCUGGAUCUUCUAGAACUCUAAUCACCAGUUUGGUCAUUAUUACGGGUGGAUUCGAGCCCACUGUCACCCUCACAAUUGUGGCUCCUGCACCAACUUCCACCGUCUCUUACAGUUCGACUUCAACUUCUACCUCUAUUCUGACCUUCACCUCGUCUCCUGACCCUGUCUCAACAUCAAAAUCUACCACCGUCACUGCCGCUUCGUCUUCCGCUUCUGUUCCGAAUUCGGUCCCGAUCACUGGCUCUAGCUCAACUUCCACUUUCACCACCGGUACACAGACCAAGAGCAACCCUAGCAACACCGCAAGUCCAAAUCAGAGCUUGGGACUAAAAAGCAUGGAUUCUGACUGCCUCUUGAUAGUGGUUACAAUCGUUUUGGGAUUGCUUGUCAUUCUGGAAUUCUUCAUUUAA